AUUUUGUGUUACAUUAUUUACUCUCUAUUUCAAUAGGUGUCAGCCUCAACAUCCAGCUCAAUCAUGGACCAGAAUGCAACCAAUUCAACCAAAGAACACUGUGGCUUGUCUGAAAUGCCAGCUCGUCCAUUUUUCAUAACUGUAUAUGCAGUCAUUUUUGUGGCAAGCCUAAUGCUCAACAGCAUUGCCAUUUAUGUGUAUUUUUUUAAAGUUACAACUCAGUCCAGCAUCACAGUCUAUCUGAAGAAUCUGGCAAUAGCGGACUUGUUUGUCUGCCUUUGUCUGAUAUUACGCAUUGUUAAGUAUGCUAGCGCUUCAGAGGGAAUUCAAAGUAUCUACUGCAAGUUUGGAGCUCCAGCUUCUUACCUCAACAUGUACUCCAGUAUUCUCUUCAUGGGCUACAUUGCUGCAAACAGAUAUAUGAGAAUUGUGCGGCCUCUGGAGACUCACAGGUUACAAACGGUCCGCUCGACCUGCUUCAUCUGCGCCGUGACCUGGGCUGCUUUGCUGGGAUUUAAUUUGGCCUACAUUGCUGCUUUCAUCAUUACUGAUGAAGAACACUCUGCCGACAGUGGUUUUGACUGUGAAAGCUUUCAUAACAACUUGGUCAAACAGAUCCACCUGGUCAUGCAGAUCACUGCCUUUUUAACCUUUUUGUGUGUGCUGGUGUCCCUCAUUCUGUUUUAUUGGUGGAACGUACAGAAGCUUCAGCAAGCUCAACGCACUAUGCCGGAACAGCCUGGUAACAAUAAGCUUAGCAAGUCCAAACGUAACAUGCGGGUUCUAGUGGUCAUAUUCUGUGUGUGCUUUGUGCCUUAUCACCUGGUAAGACUGCCAUAUGUGUUUAUCAAGCCCCUGCUGGAUGACUGUACCACAGCUCAGGUUUUCCACAUCCUAAAAGAGCUGACCGUUCUGCUUGCAAUACUAAAUGCCUCUUUGGAUCCGAUAAUUUACUUUGUAUUUUGCAAGACCUUCAGGAGCCAUCUUAACCUCCAAAGAUUUUACAGAUCAGAAUAAGAACUGAUACCAUCAGUGAUGUCAAACAGUUUUGCUCUGCAAAUGCAGAAUGCUACCUAAUUUGAUGAUGUUGAGUGAAGACUCUGUCAUUUUCGCCACUAGGGGGAGCUUAUAUACAUAACCAACAUAAGUGCAUAUUGAUGAUGCUGUGACUGAGUAUGGAAUCAUGGCAGUUGGUCUUCAUUACAUCCUAUCCUUAUCAAACACAGCUGAUCCAACUAAUCAUGGUGUUCAAGAUUACUGGAGACUUAGGCAGGUGUGAGUUGGAGGUGGUUGGAGCUAAACUCUGCAGAGCUGUGGCCCUCCAGGAAUUGAGUUUAAGCCAUUGCUUUUAAAACCUUUUCUCUCCGUGACAUUCUUUAAAAAUAUCACAUCUCUGCUGAUCUAGUGUAGAGCUGAAAAAUAUGUUGCUGUUGCAAUAAUAGAAAAAAAAAAAAGAAUCCUUUAGCAAAUGUAGACACGUGGUGCUGGGGGAGGUGGAAGGUUUCAGGGGAACCAACUGCUGGAACAGCUUGCAGCAAAUGAUGAUUUCGCAAUGUUGCUGUUGUCAUGCCAUUUAGCCACUGUAAACAGAAACUCUCAAUGCUUGUUCCACCUCUGAGAUCUUCAGAAGUCAUCUUCUGAUUGGUCCACUGCUUUAGACUGACAGUGAUGAGCGCCACAAAGUUGAAAUUCUUUUAAAAUUUAAACAAUGCAUCUAAAAAUGGGGUGCUCAUGUGCAAGGCUCUGAAAAACAGACAAAGAUGUGUGUAUUAUGGUCACGCAUAUCUGUCAAUAUAUCCGUAAAUAUAAGAUUCUGUCUCAUCUUGCACGCAUGCACGCAAAUCAGUCUGAGUACCUUUACUAUGCACACAUACUGAAGCGAAAGAGCAGUAAUUGAACCCACUGUUAGUGCUAGCAUUUUAAGGUACUUUUGUAACGGAGACCAGCUAGUAAGUGC